UUUUUCUUUUUUCUUUAGAAAAAUUCAAAUCAUAUUCUAUUUGUUUUUUAUGCGCACAUCUGCAAACUGGGUGGUCAGAGUGCUUGGCCUCUCAUCUAUGGGGGAGCAUUUAAAUUCAAAAUAUUAUAAUGCUUGGGCUUAGUAAGAUAAAAAAAGAUAAUUAGUUAUAUAAUGCACCCAUGUUAACACAGAAAACAUGUACAGUAGUGUGUCUAUAUAUGGGCAUUCAUUACAUAUGUUGCAACGCAGUGGUACAGUACUAAUAUUAGUUGAGGAUUUUAUUGUGUGGUCUGGUGUGUGAGGCCCAACUUGUUAGGAGAUUUGCAUGGUUAAUUUGGGGCAAGUACAUAACAAUUACACCAUAAUAUCCAUCCAUAGUUGGAUAUAUUUGAGGCAAGUAUCAUGAUGGUGAACUAAUUGAAUGUUGGUUAAAGAUCAGAUCCGAUAGAGAGCAUUUGAAGCAGCAGGAGUGAUAACAAGGAAGGGAAAUUGAGACCACAGGGUUAGAAUCAGAAUGUAUUAAAAAAGGGGCCUAUGAAGGCGACAUCUUUCCUAAACAGAAUGGAGCUUACUGCAGUGAUCAUAGGCUGAAGCCAAAGAAGAAAGGGUGGUGGGGGAGAUUAAGCAAAUGAGUUUGUGGUUGGUGGUUGAUGAAAGAAGGGCAAGGUGUUUUAGUUUUGGGCAAUUGUAUGUAAAUCUUGUGGGGGGAGCUCUUGCUCUACUCCAACCUCAGCAUUCAUGCCUGCAUUGAAUGCUUUUGCUAAUGUGGGUUUACCCCUCUUAAAUGCACCAGAGCUGUAUUUGGCCCAGGCCUCUCACUCCCUCCCUCUACUUAUAUCCCACACAUUGAGAGAGAGAGAGAUAAGAGUUCUAAGAGAGAGAGAGAGAGAGAGAGAGAGAGUAGUGGGUUGGAGAUUUUGUCAUGGCUUCAAGGAAGGGGGAGCUCUUGGUCAAAAUCUUGCUGCUGCUCUGCAUAUUUAGACCAUCCCAAGCGACGGCAGGUAGAGGUAGCAGCAGCAGUAGUGGUAGUGGUAACAGUAAGGGGAGGGAGGACGCGUACCCGUACCUGAAGAAGGCGAGCAGCUUCGAGGGGGGAGAGGGCGGGGACGGGGAGUUCGACUACAUCGUGGUGGGCGGCGGCACGGCGGGUUGCCCGNGAAAGCCGGAGCGAAUACGGGGGAAGCGCGUGCUGGUGCUGGAGCGUGGGGGAGCGCCGUACGGGAACCGGAACGUGUCGUACCUGCGCAACUUCCACAUCUCGCUCGCCGACACCUCCCCCGACUCCCCCUCCCAAGCCUUCGUCUCCACCGACGGCGUCAUCAACGCCCGCGCCAGAGUCCUCGGCGGCGGCACCUGCAUCAACGCCGGUUUCUACACCCGCGCCAGCCCCAGCUAUGUUGAGGCAGCUGGGUGGGAUGGUAAGUUGGUGAAUGAGUCGUACCCAUGGGUGGAGGAUAGGAUUGUCCACUGGCCCAAGAUUGCACCAUGGCAAGCUGCGUUGAAAGAUGGACUGCUGGAGGCCGGAGUCUCGCCGUUCAACGGAUACACAUUCGAUCACUUGUACGGCACCAAGGUCGGCGGCACCGCCGCAGAUCUCCUUGCCGCCGGGAAUCCCAACAAUCUGAGAGUGCUGCUUCAUGCCACUGUGCAGAAACUAAUUUUCGAUACGACGGGUCCGCGGCCGAAGGCGGUCGGAGUCGAAUUCAAUGAUGAGAAGGGCGAGACGCACCGAGCGUUCCUCAACCAGGACAAAGACAGCGAAAUCAUACUCUCCGCCGGCGCGCUCGGAAGCCCUCAGCUGCUUCUGCUGAGCGGAAUCGGCCCGAAGGAAGAUCUGGAGAAGCUCAACAUCUCUGUGAUCCUCGACAACCCGCACGUGGGGAAGGGGAUGUCGGACAACCCCAUGAACACCAUCUUCAUUCCCACGAAGAAGCCGGUGGAGCAGUCUCUGAUUCAGACGGUGGGCAUCACAAAAUUCGGUUCCUUCAUCGAGGCCAGCAGCGGCUUCAGCCAGUCCGCCGAUAGUAUCCACUGCCACCACGGGAUCAUGUCGGCCGAGAUCGGGCAGCUGUCGACGGUGCCGCCGAAGCAGCGGACGCUGGAGGCGGCGCGAAAGUACGCGCAGAAUAAGCAGAGCGUGCCGCGGGAGGCGUUCCAGGGGGGGUUCAUCCUGGAGAAGAUCGACGGCCCGCUGUCGAGGGGCGAGCUGAGGCUGGCGAGCAGGGACGCGAGCGCCAACCCCUCCGUGACGUUCAACUACUUCGGGGACCCGCACGACCUCCGGCGCUGCGUGCUGGGCAUCCGCACCAUCGAGCGCGUGGUGCGCACGCGCCAGUUCGCGGCGCUCGCGACCGACAUGGACUACACCCGGGAGGCGCUGCUCAACAUCAGCGUGCGGGCCAACGUGAACCUCAUCCCCAAGCACACCAACGACACCUCCUCCCUCGAGCAGUUCUGUAGGGACACCGUCGUCACCAUCUGGCACUACCACGGCGGCUGCCACGUCGGCAAGGUCGUCGACCGCCGCCACCGCGUCAUCGGCGUCGACCGCCUCCGCAUCGUCGACGGCUCCACGCUGGCCAGCUCGCCCGGGACCAACCCUCAGGCCACCGUCAUGAUGAUGGGCAGAUACAUGGGAGUGAAGAUAGUGAGGGAGAGGCAGGGGUGGCCGGCUGGCGCUUAGCUGUCGCUGUCGGUGCAGGUGCUUUGCAUGUCAUAUUGUGUCUGCAGUAAAGAGAUGAUGAUGAUGAUGAUGAUGAUGAUGAUGGUUACAUAUACUAAAUUACUAAUUUUUGGUGGGGUGGUCUCGGAUUAGUAGGAAAAUUAUAUAAAAGGAAAAUUAAGAUAGAAAGUAGAUAAUAUGUUCGUCUGUACUUGUGUUAUCAUCUAUUAUUAUAUUAUAGAGUGCUAAUUCUACUUCCAAAGUCCAUUAUGGUGUUUUCGGCUGCUACUAGUGACCUUGCUGUAUGGGCUGUCUGUCAUUUCCUGUAAUCUAUUUAUUUGUACUGAAUUAAUUGGUUGCCUCUAUCCAUCCUA